AUGGGAUCAGCAGGUGUUUUCACCAAGACAAUACUCACCCCAGCCGCAAUCGCAUUAUCAAUCUACAUCCUAGCCUCAUGCGUGAUAAUCCCCUUCUUCCGUCGUUACCACCAGCGCUACUCGCAAUACCUCCCGCUACACAGUAUCUCGGCGCGCACACUAUCCCUACGCGACCGUAUAGCUGAUAAGGUGAUGCACCUCUUCCUUCCAUCUCGGUGGCGGUGGGGCGCGCGCGUAGCCGACCAUGAUACGAUCGGUAUUGACGAUGAGGAAGGGGAGACCUUAGUUGGGAUGGAUAUGGAUUCUGUGAGGCGGGGUGCGCUGGACCAACGGAGAAAUGAUGCUAUAACUGAGACGGAGAGUCGUUUGAGUCGGGAUCUGGAGCAGGGUUUUAUGGAUGAUAGUGAUGAUGAGGGAAGUGAGGGGCAUAGGAAUGGACGGGGAGGGAGGGUUUGA